ACCACCCUGUUUAAUCUCGUCACUUUUUUCUUCUACUAAACCACUGAGAGACUCUUUCAGACACACACAUACCUUCUCUAGAAAUUCAAAUCUCUUUUUCCAGCAAAAUCCCGAAGCUCUCGCACACUCAAACUUCUCAACAUUCUCGCUCUCUACGAUUCCCUUCGCUACGAAGAUGAGUAGCUCAAUUGGGCUUCGUGCAAGAUCGAAUCAUAGACCCCUUUAUACUAUUAAUGAGUCAGAUGAUGAUGCAGAUAUUUUGCCUCGUAAAAAAGGGAAACCUAAGGAAAAUAUUGAUAGAAGUGAGAUUGUUAGCUCACUGAAUAAUAUUGAUAAGAUAUUAGAUUGUGAGAAGCGUUCUGGGGUAGCUUGUGAAAGUGAUGCAACAAAAUUGGGGUCAAAGCAAAACUUUGUCAAACAAUAUCUCGUUAAGUGGAAGGGACUAUCAUAUUUGCACUGCACAUGGGUUCCAGAGGAAGAGUUUCUGAAAGCUUUCAAGAAUCAUCCAGGCCUAAAGACCAAAAUAAACAACUUCCAUCGUCAUAUAGCAUCAGCCAAUAAUCCUAAUGAAGAUUUUGUUGCCAUUCGACCUGAAUGGACUAUGGUUGAUCGAAUACUUGCUUGCAGAGAAAGUGUGUGUGAGAGAGAGAGAGAGAUUGAGAAACAGAUUGUUGUAUUGGUGUCCUUUGGUUAA